AUGAAGAUUCUCAUUCCGGUCCUGGUCUUGCUACUGGCGACCGUUCAGUAUGGAUCCGCAACUGAUCCAACUACUGGUAAGUUUGAAUUGCCACGUCAUCUGAAAACUGUUGUACUGCUUCUUCAUGUCUUGUACUUCAUUUUUCUAGUUUACAACUUUUUUUUACGAUCACUCCCUGGAGUACUGUAGCUCGUGGAAGUCGGUGGCCGAACUUCAAAGAGCUAGGAAUAGAACAAGUGGUUGAAAAAAGUUGUAGACUGGAAAAAUAACGUGCUAGACGUCUAGAAUAGGUGCAAAACAUUUUGGAAGCUGGGGAGAGACUUUGAAAAAGCCUAGAAAAUCCUCAUAAGGAACUUGUCAGAAACUUGAACCAAUCUGCUUCAGAUAUAUCAGUUUUUUUUACGAAAAAAAUAUGUGUUUCACUAGGACGAUUUGUUGUUUCGGUGAUUCGUUCGAACAGUUUCAUCUGUUGCAUCUAGGUUUUUUUUUGAAGUGACUUUCGUGUUUCACUCCUGUUUGUUACAGUUCUCUCAGUUCGUGAUUCCGUUGACUCUCCAACUAAUUCUUCUCCGAAUCUGUGUCCUUGGAGCCGUCAAAUACAUCGACAAAAACCGACGUAACCAUAAGCGCGCCAGCACCAGGCGACUGACGCACUUUUCGUGCAAAAAGAGCGCCAAGCCAGUUUUGUUAUUGAUCUGCGCGCAUUCUGAAUUUUGCGCGUUUCGUUGAUUGUUCUGGAGUUUUCCAGACUAUCUUUGUGCUCUCCAUGCUCAGUGUGUUCAGACGGCGAUUGCCGUCUCUUCGGAGGUCAAAUAGCGCUCAAAGUGUCCCAAUAAAUGCACCAAAACGUCGGCAAUUUCGAUAAUUUUUGUGUUUUCAUGCUUUUGACCACACAAAAAUUCUUGACUCCUAAUGAAAAGGGUGUUGUCCCCGUUGACAACGAGUAGUUUCGAUAAGCGAAGAGAAGCAGAGCAAAUAGUAACUAAUCGCUUCGUUUCGAUUGGUUACAGUAGUCUUGAGACGUCAUUCCAUUCCAUUGUUAACACAAACGUUUUCGUUUUCCGGUUCUCAAAUAGAAUGCCAAUUGCAGACGCCGUAUCCACAACGCCAGGAGGAACCGCAUCCGCUUCCACUUCUUCCACACAUGGCGACGCCGCGAGUGUAGCCACAACGUCGGCCACAGUAUCUGGAGGCACUGUGGUCACUCAGAAUCCGGUCACGGCGGUCAGUGGGGCGACUACUGGAACCACUGGAGCCACUGGAGCCACUGGAGCCACUGGAUCGUCGUCAGACUCCACCGAUGCGAGCAGCACUGUCGGUUCGUCGUCUUUAAAGCAUAUUUUGGAGCGUAGUUGCAAAUUUGCCCUUGUCCAGUUCAUUUUGAGCACAAAACCGUUUCCUUAAUUCACGCUUGAUAUUCAGUGGUCUCCACAACGGCACUGCCACUCCUCCUCACUUCUUUCCCGAUUUCCAACGAUUUGAGUCCACAAGACGCCAAACUCAUUCUUCAACAGGCGCUUCAGUUGGACCAACAGAUCAACGAGUGAGUUGUGACGACCGUUGUUUCCGGCCUUAAAAACGUUUCAGUCUCAAUGAGUUUCUGAAAACUGCGAAACAAGACACAAGACACGGAUUUAUGAUUUUUUUCUGUGUCGUGACGCCAAAAAAAUCGAUAAUCUGAAACUUUCAAAAUUCAGCUUUUUAAAUAUUGUAAAUAAGUGUGGUUCAGCGAAAAAACGAUUAAACGAAAACGGAAAAAAAUCGGAAGAAAGGGGAAUUCUAUCCGGGGACUAGAAAAAUCUAGGCCAGCUCUUCCAUUUCGCCGUGUACCUCUCUCAAAAAAAAUCUUAAAAAUCGGGGAAUUUUUUCCGUAAUUCGGGACUUUUGGAAAGUGAAUGCCACACUUUGAAGUUUAUUUUAAAAAUUUGGACGCCACCUUUAAAAAGGUUUCAGUCUCAAUGAGUUUCUGAAAACUGCGAAACAAGACACGGAUCCGAACAAUUCGCCGCUUUUCGAUCAGCUGAACGCGUUCUCGGCGAACAUCACCGCGCAGAACACGACGUUGCAGGGCUACAUUCGGCAGUUGCAGGUGAGAAACAAAUCUGGAAGCCGACAAUUACAAUACUCUACUCAUUUUUCAGGCGCUUUCUGUAACGCAAACGUCGAUUGACAACCGUCUGAACAGUGCCACCGAUACGUUCGUCUGCUUCUCACAAUCCAGUUGUGUUACUGUAAGUGUCAAAGUUCGCUCUACCGAACUCAUUCAUCGUUUUCAGGACAUUCCGACGACUCCAGAGCCAACAACUCCGGGCCCAACACAAGGUUCGGUGACUAAACAGAGAGAGCAUCGUUGAGCGUUUCUCUUUUGAUUUUCAGCUGUGACCACUUGCAUCAACCAGACGCUUGUCUCUACCGAAACGCCAGAAACGUACAACUUCCCCAGUACUGAAGUAGGCGGCCGGAUGUGUGGCCGGGAUGGGCGAUCGAAUAAAAGUGUUGUUCUAGAACGCCGCGGUGUGUGUGGUUAGCAUCGGAGCCACCGUCACGACGAACAACGUCUCGAUCGCCAUCGACGCCUCGUUCGCCGGAAGUAACGCAUGGAUUAACCUGGUGGAGACGAGGACCAAGAGGACUAUCAGGUUGGCAUCUUUCCCAAGUGAAGAUCUGAGCUCUCUAUGAACACCAGAGAUGUUGGGAAUUCCGUGUUCCGUGUUCCGUGUUCCGUGUUCCGCGUUUUUUUGCAAUAUUUUUUCCGUGUUCCGUGUUCCGUAAAAAAAAAAUUUCCGUGUUCCGUGUUCCGUAGAAAUAAGUUUUUUCCGUUUUCCGUGUUCCGUGUUCCGUAUAAACUAUGUUUUCCGCGGAAAAAUUCGAUCACAAAUUUUAUUUUUUUCAUUAUUAUUUUGAUUAGGACAGUUGACGUUUUGUGGUCAAAAUUUGAAAAUGUUCGGAUUCGGAUCAUAUUCGUGAAAAGUGGAUUCCAUUUUCAGUCGUUUUUUUACUGUAGUUGUUUACUGUUGUGUUGUUGGUUUUGUUAUUUUUAUGAAAUUUUCAGUAAAACUUUCACAUGAGUCAAACAGCUGCCUUGUCAGUCAGAUAAUCGAAUUAAACAAAACAUUAUUUUAAAAAAAAUCACUGGAAUUCUCUUGAAAACGCUUUUUUUCCGUGUUCCGUAAAAAAAAACAAUUUCCGUGUUCCGUGUUCCGUGUUCCGUAGAAAUAAGUUUUUUCCGUUUUCCGUGUUCCGUGUUCCGUAAAAAAAAAAUUUUUCCGUUUUCCGUGUUCCGUGUUCCGUAAAAAAAAAUUUUCCGUUUUCCGUGUUCCGUGUUCCGUAGAGUAAAAUUUUUAUUCCCAACAUCUCUGAUGAACACUUGUCUUCAGCCUGAACACCACCACCACCACCGCCUACAACUUCACCGCGUUCCAACAGAUUCAAGUGCAAUACUUUUCGGACGCUCGAUCCUCGGUUCAGUUCAAUUUCACCUAUGUUGAAGGUGUGUCUCAUCAAAUUGCCGCCCCCCACUUUUCUAUACGACAUUUCAGUGGAUACGUGCGAUUUGAACUGUCAAAAUGGUGGAGUGUGCAGAGUGAGUCAGUCGGGAUCCAAGUAUUGUGAAUGUCCAAAGUGUUUGGCGACUGGAGACUUGUGUGAAAGUGAGUUGAUACCUACAAUGGUGGUCGAAAAUCAAAAACAAAACGUUUUUUUAGACCGGGUCACUCCUUGCCAGUCGAAGCAGCAGCGAGUUUGUGGAGAGAAAGCCGCGACGCCGUACGGACAGUGUUAUGAGUGAGUCGGGUGGCCUAGAGGAGCUGCAGAAAUAAAGUUAGGCCAUGUUCAGGAACGCGUGCUUCGACCAGUGCUACGCUUGCACUUGUGCUCUCGGCCCCGUGGACCCGGAUGCUCCGCAGAGUUGCACGGCUCCAGCGGCCGGAGCCACGGUCCCAGCCAUCCCCACUCCGAUCACUCCGUCCGUUUGCCCGACAACCGCCGCGGCGCCAACCACUACUACUACCGCCGCCGCCCUCUUCACCUCCACCGUGGCUCCUAGUACCAUUUCGUCCGCUGGAGACUCUACAGCGACCACAGUGUCUGUCAGCGGGGGGACUACUGCCUCGGGCGGUCCCUCUCAGUCCACUGUGACCGGCUCGGAAACCGGAAGCACGGUCACAGGAACAGAUUCGACUGCCACUGGAGUUGUCACUUCGACUGUGGUUGUGUCGUCGACCACUCCUAAUAAACAAUAA